GCAUCCCAUAGUAUUAUUAGCUAAUAAAAUAAUCAAAUUUCAAAAUGUGGCAAAUCGAUGGGAAAAAAAAACUUGAUUUCAAGGACGUCCUAAUCCAACCCGCAUCAAAUAAACUUGCAAGUCGAACGGAAGUGGAUUUAACAACUGAGCAUGUUUUCCGUAAUUCUAAAAAUAAGUAUGAAGGAGUGCCACUCAUGGCUUCCAACAUGGACACAGUGGGAACCUUCGAGGUUGCCACGGUGCUAUCUGAAUUUAAAGCCUUCACAGCAAUUCAUAAGUAUUACUCUGUUGAAGAAUGGACGGAGUUUGCUGUUAAUAACCCUAGUGCUUUACCUCACGUGGCAGUCAGUUCAGGCAUGAAAGAAAGCGACCUAGAGAAGUUAAAAUUAAUACUUAAAGCUGUACCAGACUUGAGGUACAUAUGUUUGGAUGAUGCUAAUGCAUACUCGGAACAUUUCGUUAAAUCUCUCAGCAGCAUUCGUAAGCAAUUUCCUCAUCACACUAUUAUAGCAGGAAACGUAGGAACAAGCAGCAUGGUCAAGGAACUCAUAUUCUCAGGAGCCGACAUCGUGAAAGUUGGCAUAGGCUCCGGAUCUGCGUGCACCACAAGGGAGAAAUCUGGAGUGGGAUGUCCUCAGCUCUGGGCAGUUCUGGAAUGUGCCGAGGCUGCCCAUGGAUUGAAGGGGCAUGUGAUUUCUGAUGGCGGAUGCACGUGUCCCGGUGACGUAGCAAAGGCUUUCGGAGCUGGGGCUGAUUUUGUGAUGUUGGGUGGAAUGUUGGCGGGCCACGAAGAAUCAGGAGGGGAGGUUGUCAUCAGGGGCGACAAAAAGUACAAACAGUUUUAUGGGAUGGCCUCAAAAGUCGUGAUGGAAAAGUAUAACCAGAAUAUGGCGGAUCUUCUGGAUUAUAGAGCAUCGGAAGGAAAAGUCAUGGAAGUGGAAUACAGAGGACCUAUAGGGAAGACUGUUGGGGACAUUUUGGAAGGGGUCAGAUCCGCCUGCACUUACGUUGGUGCACUAACGCUAAAGAAAAUAAAAAAGCAUACUACCUUUAUUAGAGUCUAGUUGAAGUUUUCACCUGCUACCACCAUCCAGACGAACAUUAACAGAUUGCGUCCUAUUCAUGUGUUUAUUUAUAUAUAUAUACAUCAUAAAAUUAUUAAUAACAUUGUCAAGCUCGUAAAAUUUUUUAACAAGAAAGGUUUUAUUGAAAAUUAGUUUUAAUAGUUUUAGUCAGAACGUUUUCGCUGGCGAGCAAAAGUAUAAAUAUAUUUUUCGCGAUGAUCGUCUGGAACAUGAACUUAAAACCAAAUCUGUUUGUGUUAUUUUGCGUCUAAAAUAUAUAUCAUGU